UGCGCAGAAUAAGAAACCAACUUUUCACCCACCCAAUCAAUCCUCCCCUUUGCUCCUAAUAUACUUGUCCUCCAUCCCAUGCCACCUCUCCUCAAACUCACUUUCCUCAUCUCCUCCUCUCUCCCCCACCGCCACAAUUCUCUCCUCCGUCGCUCCGCCGCCCCUCUCUCCUCGCCGCCGCCCUCUCUCCGCCGGAUUCUCAAAUCUCUCCCAAUCUCUCCCACUCUCUCCCGCCCCCAAUCACAAUCAUUCAAUUUACAUUCAAUUACUUGUAACCGAGAGAGAGAGGGAGCGAGGUUUGUCUUUCUGGCUCGCUUUUCGAGACGAGGAUUAGGAGGAGGAAGAGGAGGUAGUGGUGGUUCGGGUCUGUUUGCUGAAAUGGGAUCCGAAACCAAUAAUGUUAAUCACGGAGAUGAUAAUGAUAAUCAUCAUUUUUUAAAUAGUUAUGAUAAUAAUAAAAAUUCAUCGGUUUCGUCUUCUUUGCUUAAGCAGAAUGUUCAUAAUUAUAAUUGUGAUAAUGAUGAUCGGUGCAAUGAGCUAGCUGAGUCGCCGUCAAAGCAGCCGCGCCAUCAAUCUACUAAAUUACUUACAUUGCCUACUAUUUUAACAAUUGGCCGUGUUGCUGCUGUUCCGCUUAUUGUUUGCACCUUUUAUAUGGAUACCUGGUGGGGAACAACAGCUACAACAAGUAUCUUCAUUGCUGCAGCUAUUACUGAUUGGCUUGAUGGGUACCUUGCUCGAAAGAUGAAGCUAGGAAGUGCAUUUGGGGCUUUCUUGGAUCCAGUAGCAGAUAAGCUUAUGGUUGCUGCUACGCUUGUUCUGCUGUGUGCAAAACCUCCAGAAGUUGCUCUCUUUGAACAAUUUCCAUGGUUAUUGACAAUACCAUCAAUUGCAAUAAUUGGGAGAGAGAUUACAAUGUCAGCAGUCAGAGAGUGGGCCGCUUCUCAGAGUGGUAACCUCUCUGAGGCUGUAGCUGUAAAUAAUUUGGGGAAGUGGAAAACAGCCACACAAAUGAUAGCAUUAACUAUUCUCUUGGCAAUUAGAGACAGCAGCCUAGCAGGACCAGGAGUACUUGUAACUUCAGGUGUCACUUUGCUUUAUAUUUCAGCAUGGUUAGCUGUAUGGUCUUUAGUUGUGUACAUGAAGAAAAUUUGGAAAGUAUUGCUAAAGUAGUGACAUUGAUUAUCUACACCCCACGUCGUCUGGAAGAGUGUAUCAGCUAUUAGAGUUUCAGUCAUACGAUCCCCGCAUAUGAGCACUGGGAUAUCUGUAUACAGGUGAAAGAAAGGAGUUCGCUUAGUUGAGAUUCAUACAGUUUAUAUUCAUUCAACCAACAAAUUUAUAUUAUUGAAGUGGUUAUCUUCCAUGUUUAUGGUUUACUCACUGUUCGGAAGUGUGCUUAUACUGGAGGUUGAUGUAAUACAAAUACAACUAUACUCUUAUACCUUUCCUUGUGUUGGUUCAAUGAUAAUAGGCAUUUUAUGUGCAGGA